CUCUUUUUACUAGACCAUAUUUCAUCUUCUUAGAGAAAAUUAUAAGCCUUAGUAAAGCAUUUGUAAGGAAACGAAAUCUUAUUCGACUUUGGCCCAUCCCAUUUUUCUACAGCAUCCGACGAGAGUAAUACGAAUUAUUUGCUCCUUUGAACGUUGACGAAACUAGUCAGUUACUCUGGCUGUGCUGAAGCGGAUUAGAACUGUGUAAAAAUGAGUUUCCAAUGGGGUUUGAUUGCAACCUUUCUCUAUAUUGAAAUAGCAGUUGUUUUCCUUCUUCUUCUGCCCUUCAUCUCUGCCCAAAGAUGGAACAAGCUUUUCAAGUCUAGUUUCCUCAGAGGUUUGGGUCAACAAGUCCACAUCUACUUCUAUGUCAUUCUUGCAUUCUUGGUCCUUUGCUUAUUUGAUGCUGUUCGUGAAAUGAGGAAGUAUGACGUCAGUCAUGAUGGUAAAGCAAAGGAACAGCAGCAUCAACACCUGGAACAAGAACUUCGAAAUUCAAUGGUGCUCUUUAGAGCCCAGAGAAAUUUUUACAUUACAGGAUUUUCUCUUUUUCUGAUAUUUGUUAUUCGCCGUUUGAUGACGCUUCUUGCGGCUCAAGCAACUUUGGCAGCCACCAGCGAGGCCGCUAUUCGUCAGGCUGCAUCUGCUUCAAAGGCAGCUGAAGAUUUGCUUGCCCAGAAAGAAAACGCUGCCUCCGACGAAAAUACCAAAGAAGUUGAAGAAAACUUGUCCAAACUGAAGGAAGAAUUGACUGAGGCCAGAAAGGAACGGACCCAGGCCGUGAAAGACCUUGAAGCCUUUAAGUCGCAAAGUGAAGGUGUUGCUCGAGAAUAUGAUCGUCUUACCGAUGAACACAGUAAACUUCUAAAGAAAUUGGCCAUCUUGGAAGGAGAAAGUGCGCCAGACAAGAAAGAUGAUUAAAUUGUUGGCGUUUGUGUCGAAGACAAAGGGAAUGCAAUCUCAUGGAGGUUUUCUUCAAUGAA